UGGGACUGACGGGCCUAGAGUUUGAGCCGUUUGACCUGCGUUGUGUCUAGUGUAGGUGAGAUUUCUGUUCUUGUGUGAUGACUAUAUGUCUUGCAGCAGUUGGUGAAGAGCAGGAAAUGAACGCAGUGCAUGUUCCUGAUCUGACCUAAUCUAGUUCUUUGCGGCGGUUAUGACUGUCUCUGGCUGCGCCGAUGAGACUUUGAUUGAGGCAACAGGUAGUUAAUGAGUAACGGAGGAGAGGCGCAACCUUCAGCAGACAUUUGUUCAGCUCCGACUGUGUGACUCAGUCACAAGAGGCACAGGACUGGAUAACAGGACCUUGUUUUGGUGUAUGCGGCCGAGUUGUAAUCUUUCCAUUGCUUGUGACUGAGGAACAGAGGUGCCAUGGCUGACACAAGCUCUCAGUCCCCGGCCUCUGGCUCGUCUGCCAAGCUUGACCAAGUGCAAGGUCAGGUUAAUGAGGUUAAAGUUAUUCUGAAAGACAACAUCAACAAGGUGCUGGAGAGAGGGGACAGAUUAGAUGAUCUCAUCGGGAAGACUGGUGACCUGCAGGCCUCAGCCGACUCAUUCCAAAGAACCUCCACACGUGUUGCCAGGAAAUACUGGUGGAAAAACAUUAAAUUGAUGGUUAUCAUUGGCAUAGUUGUGCUGAUCAUAAUUAUCCUCAUCAUCCUCUUUGCCACCAAGGUUAUAUAAAUCUUAACCAGCUCAGGAUUAACAGCGAAGAGGAUGGUGGAUGAGGCUCACCUACCUAGCAAACCUUUAUUGAGCAUUUUUGCAUGUCAUUUCUCCAAAGUGAUCUUUUCAGCUCAAAGACGUGAUUAGAAUUUCAUGAUCGAAAUAUGUACAUAAAUGAUUUUCUUUUUUUAAAAUACCUCCAAUCUUUUGGAUUAUUGGCAACAUUGUCAGAAGAUAAAAUUCAGAGCAGCAGUUUAAAUCGUUAUGAAGUUUAAAAUACUUCCUUUAACACUCCAUGUCAUUAAAAUGUGACUUCAUACCACUAUUAAUUUGUCACAAAGGAUCAGUCCCAAAAAUGUGUUUAUUGUUUUUUAUUUGUUGCAUUUCUUUUGCCAAUACACUGUGUACAUAUACUGUAUGUUUAUGACUGUCAAACUCUGUAAUAACAUAAUGUAUUAUAUGACUGAUGACUAUGAUAAAGAGGAUAAAUUAUAA